GUCCCUGACGUCGGCCAAGAUCUCUAGAGGUGAAAACCCCAAUACGCCCUAAAUGAGAUGCUCCAAACCGCAAAGUCCUUAACCGAGAAAGGACCAACUGUCAACGAAACGUUCGUCCUUCACCUCUUCCUGGAUGCCCUUUUGGACGAGUAUGCCAUGACAAAGCACAACCUGCGACACGCGAAGGAGUUGACGCGGACCGGUGUGCUAAAGGAAGUAAUGAUCGAAUACAAGGCGAUCAAGGACAAGCUGGAGCAGGAGAAAGGAAAAGGGGCGAAGGGCGCAGAGCAAGCGUACUUCGCCGACGGUGAGGGCCGCAGGGAGCGGUACUCAAGUAGGAGUCAGGGGCAAGGUCGUGGUCGUGGUGGCGGCCGUGGCUGCAGCAGCAGUCGUGGCCGCGUCGAGGAGAGCAAGGGAAGCAGCAGUGGAGGCGCCGAUGGCGGCGGUGGCGGGGACUAUAAGUUCCCGGGCCGGUGCUUUAGGUGUGGACAUCGUGGACAUCAAGCGAUCGGCUGCACUACCAACGAGAAGGACUUCGUGCCGUGGUGUGCGCGCUGCGAGGGGUGGGGCCACACCAAAGAAAAGAGCGCGACGGAGGACGCCGUCCUAGCGCAAGUGGUGGAGCAUGAGAGCGACGGGGACUCCGUGGAAGACCAGGCGUUUUGUGCCGUGGCAGUCCCCCCAGGCGAGUGUGGUACCGUUGGUGAAGUAGGUCUAGUGGGGGUUGUGGAACAAGGCCAGGCGGUGUACGUGGCCGACACAGCGGCCACAUGCUUCAUGUUCCGAUGUGCAGACAACUUCGUGAACUACCGUGAGCGUAGCGGUUGGGUGAAGGGGAUCGGAGGCGAGAAGGCUCCCGUUCCUCUUCUAGGAUACGGAGAUGUGACCUUAGUCCUACAGACGGAAGGUGGUGGAGUACCCGUACCAGUACUGAAUGCUGCCCAUGUACCAGAGGCCCCCUAUAACCUCCUCCCGCUGUCUUCGUUGGCGGAGGAGGGCCACACGUAUUCGGGGAUGGAGGGGGGCCUCACGCUGACCACGUAAGCCGGGGGGGGGAGGUGUGGUUCCCCCGGACUGGAAAGCUGCUGACCCAACGAGGCUAUCAAAUAAAGCCAACGCUAGACACCGCCUGUGCCGCACUCAUUGUUCCUGGCGAUGCGAAAGCAGCCACCCCCACUGACCUCAACGAGUACCACCUGGCGCACGGCCAUGCCCACGAGACAUUGCUCAGGAUCACGGCGGAGCAGCAGGGAGUGCAGCUGACGGAUGGACCGCUGCUACCCUGCCUUGGCUGUUCGAUGUCCAAGGGACAGGUGAAAACCCGUCCAGAAACGCACGAGCACACGCGCACUGCUACCUCUCGCAGAUGACGAGGAGGGCGGGGAGGGCGAGAGCAGAGCGGAUGCAUCACGCCAAGGU